AUGCCGAGGAGUGGCGACGGUGACCAGCAACAGGAGGAGGAGCAGCGGGGAAAACAGCAGGGCGGUGAUUCUCCUUUGCGCUCGUUAACGAGGGAUAUUACGCCGGGAAGCUUCGCAGCUUCACGGAGUGCUGUGGACGCCGAGUUGAUGUGGCCACCGCGGGAGGAGGAUGACACAUCCGUGUCCCGUCCGGAUGUGGCCCAGACAGGUGAGUGGCCUCAGCCGUGCAGCAUCGGCGCCUCCGUACGCUCACUUCCUUUCAGGGAGGCAGCAGGAGGAACGAGUUUUUUGGAUAGCGAGGCUCUCAUGCGCAGGAAGUGGGGCACCCUUCAGAAGGAGUGUCCGCUUCAUCCACGGUCUUCGACCCCGUCAGUGGGAAGCGUAAGCUGGAGUCACGCAAGGGAGGCUUCGAUAGGCACCUUGACGCAGUUGGGCACCCCACCGCCACUGCGGGCCAGCGCGGCGGUUUUUGUUUUUACGCUGAACGAAGAAGAGAGCCUGCGACAAUCACCACCACUAGAAGUUAUCGCCUCUUCAGGCAAGCGUGAGGGUAAUUAUGGGGUCAGCACAGUACCGCACAAUAUUGCUGUCAGCGCGAGCAGCAAUAAAGGUCCUAUUGAUGCUCAAAAAGGUGUACAAAUUGGUGCCGUGGCAACACAAAAAGCGGAGUCGGUAGACUUGCAGAGGUCAAGUUUUUCUUUGGGUGCACCACAACACUCAGGUUUCUUACAAGGUGCUGGGGAGCGAACUACGGCUAUGCAUGGGGGUCAAGGACUCUCUGGUAUAAGUAACUCUUGUCGAGUAAGUAGUGAAAGGAGAACUCUCUCCGGAGGUGACGAUAUUGUGUCAAGUUCUCGCGAUGUAGAUCACCAAAUCACUCCACUAAGUAGUAAAAACAAUGAGGAUUUGGGCUCAGCGAAGCAUGUGGUGUGUUAUAAAGUGAGGAGAUUUCAGAAGAACCCUAACAAUGACGAUAGGCAUGGGGAUGGAAUGUCUAGCUCCGAUGAUGACUGUUGCUGCUGUAGGGUUUGCAAUCUAUUUUGGUGUUGUAGAGGGGACUGUGGGUUCGGGACGGCAUUUCUAGCAGAGGAUCAGUCUGGCAGACAGCGAGAAAAGGUGAAUAUAGAGCAACACCCUGGCUCUAAAUCUAGAUUUUGUGGGAAGGUGUUUUGUCAGUGGGUAUAUGUGAAUGCUUUUGCAGGUGAUCAUGCUGUGGCCUCGCAGAUUCUUUGCCUUAUGAAUUGUAUCUCUGGUAUACUUGUGAUACUCGCCGUGUUGCUUCUUUUGGCAGGACUGUGGAAUGAUCGACCUAUCAUUCUUGUGAAUGAUGGCUCUAUAUGCCAUGGGACGGUGGUGCCUGGAGUUGUGACGCCAGACAUUUCGUUUAGCAUUCUUCUCUUUCUUUUUAAUGCAUCCCUGGCGGCCUACUGUGCUAUUCGGGCGGUUCGAUAUGAGAAUACAGGUCUGCUAAUAUGCCACUUUAUCGCUGUACUACUGCAGCUAUGCCGUGUCAUGUAUUUUUUGUAUUUCAUGAACAUUGACACCCUUUCGAACCCUUUGAUGCUAUAUACGGAGAUCCUGCUUGGCCUAAGCGCCUUCUUACUAUUGGCUUCAUGUGGCACAUACCGAUGGGUGCGCAUGUCGUUUGGAUGGGGGCGAUUCAUGAGGGGCAUCACUCGCUCUGUUCUGUUGCAGCGUCACCGGCGGCAGAUGUUUGUACAGUCGUUCGUACAGCUCGAUGUCUACGGCUCUAUCAACAGUGCUCUCACAGUGGCAUACAUGGUGGGCACAAACCUUGAACAGUUUCUAGGACUAGCGGUUGCGGUCCUCUCUUGUGCGGCGGCGAUGCUUUACCCGGUGAUGCUUCGACGCCGUUCGAUAUGGUUUGUCUGCUUUUUUUCAUUAACAUUGGCAUUCUCGUUGGUGUUUUAUUGCUAUGUUAUCAGCAGCGCGAUGGAGCUUUACUUGGUGCGCAAUGCAACAGCUCACUUUGAGGCGAGUCGGUGUUAUAAGCCACAACUUUUACACUGUCUGAGAGACCUGGAAUAUGACUUCAUCUCCCAAGAGGGUGCUACACGGAAGAGUGUCAAUGGUAGCAGAAGUUUUUUACCCUCUGAGGGUGAUCGCAGCGAAUUCUUUCAAGACUCGCCGUGCAAGGGGAAUUGUCUUUUAAUGCGUAACGAUCACUAUGUGAAAGGGUUUACGCACUGCUGUGAAGUAUAUGGCAACUGCCGCCUUAGAGAUGGCGUGCAAAGUUACGGUGUGGUGACUCUCACGGUGCUGGCUGUCAUUGUGUGGACAGUGCGCAUCAUUCUUGUCUGGGUAUGGGCUUCUUGCAUGGCGGAGGAUGCAGAAGAAGCAGCGAGAGGUUUUCAAAACCCCACUUUCAAUUUCCCUACAUCUUCUUCGUUGUUACUCGCCAGCUCCUUUGCCAAACGUUUGGAGUCCGCCUGA